UUAUGUUGUUUAUGGGCGUAUCUCGAUUUAUUAUGGUACAAAGAAAAAAUGGUUUUGUUGGUGUAGCGAACAGAAAUAUACAAAAAUAGUACACUCAACGUCAUAAAAAAACGUAUUUUAAUGGGAAAUUCGCACAACAAAAGUAAUCAGUACAGAGACCAUAAACAGGCAGCUAUUUCAAACCGAGACGCCCAAGCAUUUACAAGUCAGUUCAGUCUGGGCCAUUUCGUUGGCAAUCUUAGCGGGCGUUCCAUCGUUAGCCUAACGAGCAACCAGUCCGUGUACAGCGCAUCGCGACCUUGGUCUCGAGUUUCUAGACGAAGAUGGAAUGACUCAACAAUAAACAACCAGUUGGAAGCAAGCAAAACAGCUUGGCCUGUUGCUCACAAAGAGUCCAUUUUUCUACCUGAAUUUCCAAUCACAACUGACCUAUUGCAGAAAGAAUUUCAAGUUGUGGAAGCAAUUGCUAAGGGUGCUUUUGGAGAAGUCAUUAAAGUUAAGAGAAUUUGUGAUGGGAAAGAUUAUGCACUAAAAGUGCUCAGCAAAUCAAAGGUAGUAGCUGAGAGGGCUGUGGGUCAAGUGAAGGAAGAGGCAAGAAUACAGGCUGCUUGUGGACAUCAUUGUUUUAUCGCCAAUGCUGUCUCCCGUUGGCAGACAAAGAAAACACUUUAUAUUGUUUCAGAAUACAUUCCCUGCGGUGAACUGCUAACUUUACUAGAUAAAUAUAAGAAAUUACCCGAAGAGUUUGUGAAAGUGUUUGUUGCGGAGAUUGCAAUAGCUAUCGAUUUUCUCCACAACGCGGGUGUUAUUUACCGAGAUUUGAAGCCAGAGAACAUACUUUUGGAUACAGAACUCCACAUUCGACUUGUUGACUUUGGUCUUUCGAAGUGGCUGUCUAUCGGCUCACGGACUACCACGCUCUGUGGCACUCUCAAAUAUAUGGCCCCUGAAAUUCUUAGCCGGGAGCCGUAUGGUCAUGCCGUGGAUUGGUGGUCGUUGGGCGUGCUGGCUUGUAGGAUGUUGACUGAUGAGUAUCCAACGCCUGCGAUGUACAAAAAUUCCACAGAAGAUAUAGACGAAGUUGACAGGGCUACUAAUGUCUCUACAGAACAUUCUAUAAGUUCAAGAGGACAAAAGAGCUGCAAAGAAGCACUACCAGGCACUCUUCCGGCGAGCGCUGCUACUUUGUCUACUGCGUCUCGAGGGCUGCUCGUGCGCUUACUAGAGCGGGACCCCAGGGUGCGCCUGCGCAGCUUGCGGCAGCUGCAACAGUCUGCAUUCUAUAUGAGCUACAAUUUCGAACACGUUAAAGCUAAAAAGGUGUCUCCGAGGUCAAUACUGGAAAAAAGUUUUCCUCCAGAAAAAAAAUUAGAUGAUGGCAACAUUAACAACUCUAAUCAUCACUUUCUAUCAUUCGAUCAACAGAAUAUGGCCGUAUAGCACAAUUAAUAUGAGAUUAGUCUUAUUACAUAUUAUUUGUUUACCAUUCUUGUUUCGUACUUUUUAUUUACUUUUUCUUUGUUCCGUACUAGCCAAAAAUGGAUCAGUUCUGUGAUUGAAAAAGGAAAACUUGUUAAACAUAUGUAAACAAGAAUUAUACUAACAUUACCUAUUGCAUUUAUAGUCAGAUAGCAUUAUUUCUAGAAUCUUAAGAAAAGUCUCGAUAUUCUGUCAUGAAUAAUGAGUCAUGAGUAGUAAAGAUGAAAUGUAAUCUCAAAGUACUGGAUUUUUAUUUCAUUUAAAAACAAACCAACGCUUUUCAGGUCAAAAAUCUAAAAUCAUUCCGAUCAGAAAACUAAAGUUUGUUACAGCGACAUCUAUCGCACGAUACUGGUUUCUAAAAUAACUUGACCAGCGCAAUACUACAUUUAUAAAAAAUGAGCACUAAAAUAUCGCAAAAUGCACAU